GGUGAUAUAACUAUGAUGAUAAGAGGGUAAUUAGUUGUAUAAGACACUAGAGUUAUCACUCAACUUUUCACCAUAUAAACCGGUAUUCUCUCCCUUGUUUUCACUAGUACCACAAUGGCCUUAGUUCUACAUCUCUUAGUCUGCGUGUCUUUAAUUUCUUUGUCUACGUCAGAACUUGUAAUUGAUGUUCAGCCCGAUGUUAUUUCAGCAGAGUUGACAACGCAGCUAGUGGUCAACUGUUCGAUAACCAACAGCCAUGUUGCAGAGCUCGAUGUCAUUAAACAUCUUACACUUUCAAUUUAUAAUGAAAGUAUUAAAUCAUUUGAAGAUCUUUUCACUUUAGAAGCUAAAACUUUCAAUCUUCAAAGAAUUCAAAUAUUUAAACAUUCACAAAUUGAUUCUGGAAAUCUGUUUAUAACUUUAACUUUACAAGAUCCGACACAAUUUGAUGCCAAGGUAUACAGAUGUAUUGUCACCGGAGACGGGUCUAAUGCUACGAAUAUUUCGUUUGUUAGUAAGAAGGAAGUCAAACAUGAAACCAUCUCUACAACAUUACUGGAACAGGUGCGACGUUUAAAGAAAGACACUGAGAAAGAUAAAAGUCUAUGUAAAAAGGAGGAACUUGAAGUCCAUCAAAAACAAAAAUCAAAACUUGAUUUCGUUGGAAGUUCUGAAGUUAUUAAGGAACUAAUUGAGCCCCUAACGUUAGCGUGUACAUAUAAGGUUAUGAAUAAUGAUCAUAAUGAAAACUCUACAAUUCAAUCUUUGUAUAUAUUUCACGAGACAAAUGGUAUUAUUGCUACUAUAAACAAAGGUGAAACUGUUGCAACCAACCAGGAAAUUAACUCUAAGAAUGUUAAAGCCGAGCUCUCCAGCAACGAGUCAAGAGACUCCUACAUUCAAGUCACAUGGAGCCAUCUCAAAUUAUCAGAGGCUGGAAAAUAUUUCUGUGGAGCCAGUGUGAAGUAUUCAGAAAACAAGAAUGAGAAUUUCAAUAAAAUGUUAACAAUUACAAUAACAAGGCCAACGUUUGACGAUUUGGUCAAAGUAAUACAGAAAAUAUUAGCAAAGUCAGAAGAAGACAAGGAAUUAAUACUGGGAAAUAUACAGAGCAUUAAAGAUGACUUGAAUGCUAACAAGCAGCAUAUAGAGAGCGUUACUGAAGAUUUAAAUGAUACUAAAGAAAACAUGAAAAACUAUAAAGAGGAAAUGAAGAUAAUUGUUGCAAAUCUUUCAACGAAUACAACAGACAUAAGCAAAGAUAGAGAUGAAGGAAACACAGAAGAUAAAGAAAUAACAUACUCAGAAAACAGAAUAAGUCCCAAGUCUUGUCGUGACGUCAACAGCACAUACAAUCGAGUGGUCGUAACGUUAGCUUCCGGGUUAAAGGUCAUGUGUGAUACCAACACAGACGGCGGUGGAUGGAUCGUCAUUCAGAGAAGAGUCAAUGGAAAGGUUCAUUUCUUCAGAGACUGGUCUGACUAUCGAAACGGCUUUGGAGAUUACAACAUUGGUGAAUUUUAUCUGGGAAAUGAGAAUAUAUUUAAGUUAACAUCUUGUGGGCAAUAUGAUCUAAGAAUUGAUUUGAAAUUUAACAACCAGAGUUAUUAUUCGCAAUACACAGAUUUUCAAAUAUCUAGUGUUAGUGAGAAUUACAAAUUAAAUAUAAAAAGCUAUUCAGGGAAUGCAAGUGAUAGUUUAUCAUAUCAUAAUGGUGCACCUUUUAGCACUGUUGAUAGAGAUAACGAUGGUUCAAGCUCUAACUGUGCAGCAGCGUACAUCGGUGCCUGGUGGUACACCAGUGGAUGCCAUAGAUCCAAUCUUAACGGUAAAUGGGGAUCUACUGAGCAUGCAAAGGGAUUAAAUUGGCAUUCGCUAACUGGCUAUAGUGCGAGUGUUUCCUUUACAGAGAUGAAAAUACGAGAAAUAGAAACAGAUGACUACUUAACACUUUUGAAUAAAUAGUACAAUUUCGUAUGAUUACAAUAUUCUGAAGAAAAACAACAACCUAUAUUUAUUUAUUUUUUUCACAAUAGCUUCAAAUUCAAAUUGUGCCUUCGUGGUUAGUAAAACAUUCUGGUUAGGUUAAAACCUGAGUGGACACGGAACUUGAAAAUAUAUUUUCAUAGAAUUUGAACCAUUGAUGUAUAUCGUUGGGGAAAGAAUUACUCGAUAGUUGGCCACACUGAGGAAACUUUAGUUUGACCAUUACAAUUGUUCAUAAUGAAGAAAAAUAAUACAGUUAAACUCCUCUACAGAACUAGAAAAUAUUUAUCUUGAACGGAUUAUAUGUCUUCGUGUAUUUCAACAUUUAUUUAAGAACUUAAUAGAUUAAUAUUUAGGAAAAUUUGGCGCUUCGAUCUAAGCGCUAAUCAUUGGAAUACUGUUAAGAAUAUUACAUAUAUUAUCAUCAUCAUCUUUACUUUGCGUUCUUGUAGAAACAUAGUGACUCAUAAAAUUUUACGGUCUCUUGCUAAUUUUUAAAAUGGCUUCCCAGUUCUUUCAUGUUCUAUGAGCUUUUUCUUGUAGACUGGGUGGAUACGGUCUUAAUGAUUAAUUGACGUCCUCCCAUUUAUCAGCCAUUCUUAGAAUCCCACCCUUAAUAAGGGACAUUGUUGUAAUAGUCUCAUUAUGAGUCAAUAUUCUAACCUUUGCGUGGCAAGGGACAUUAUAAAUAAAUAUAUUUUGCUUUUAUGUUUCCUGAGUUACCGAACGUUAUCUUAAACCUAUUUAACCUCGUGGAAAUUCUAUUAGAUAUUUUUCUAUUAGAAUUGAGUACUUAUUAAUAAUGGAAUAUGAAAAUAAACUAAGUGCUGUUUGAUUUCACACUGGGUUAUUUAAUCGUUCACAUUCACUUUCACCUAUCCUUUACUCUGUUGGACCACAAAAGAUCUGUUGACCAUGUUUCUCCAUUCCUCUCUGCCCUGGAUGUAGACUCCUUCAAUUACUUUCUAAGCCUGGCUCUUCAUUUUCCCUGUGAUGUUUCUUAAACUAUGCAAUAGUUCUCAUCAUGGAUGAUAAAUACAAUGUCAAUGACCUGAAUGUCUGUAAUUCUAAUCCUUUUGUUCCAAACAAAAUAUUUUUUGUUGACUUAAAAAAAGAUAUUUUAAUGAACAGAUUAUAAAACUCACAGAGAGAUAUAGACUCACACCUAGAUCUAACCUACUUAAUUUUUUAACAAGAAAACAAAAGCAUGCUUUAAAACAGAAACUCUUUCUAAGUGUGAUUGGAUCAAUUAAUUUGGGUCAGUCAUUUAAUAACAAUUGUAACAGAUUUAGAGUAAAAAUAAUAAAUCUUUGCAAUUAGAAAUAUUUUUA